AUGGCCACUACCGCGCCUGCACGAGCCACGCCUGCUUCGCGACGAUCACCACCCACCAUUAACAGCUCGGCCUCUCCUCCCUCCGCCUCUAUCGCCAAGGGUGCAACUGCUCGGUCGGUGGUCUCUGCACGUGCAUCCGCAUCUCUCAAUUCCCCCGUGGCCAGGCGGCAAUCCGCGAAGGUUAAUGGGACUCCGUCUGCUGCGAGCGGCGAAACACGAGAGUCUCUGUCAGCCUCUCUUAAGGAGGAAACGGAUAGGAAGGAGAAGCUGCUUGUCCAAAUCCAAGACAAGGAUGCCACCAUCACCCAACUCACGACCGAGAACGACAACCUCACCUCGGCCCUCAAUGCCGCAGAGUCCCGUCUCCAAGAGCUCUAUGCAGACCAGAGUCGCAUGGAGGAGGAGAUGGCCGCUCGAAUGGAAGUUGUCGAGAAACUCCGGACACAGGUCCGCGACCUAGAGAAAGAGAAGCGCGACAUACAGCGUCGAUAUAACGAACAGACUGCAACUUUUGAGGCCGAGCGUCAAGCGUUUUAUGACAAUGAACAACAUCUGAAGUCGCGCAUUCAAUCACUCACACAAGCACGCAAGCAGCCUCCUCCCGUCCUGACGUCUCCAUCCGUGGUAUCCAUUGCCGAAUCGGAGACGGAUGUGGAGGAGCAGCCUGCCGAGGCAGAAGAGCCGAAGCAGGACGUCAGCGAUCCGGAGCAGGAGCCUGCGGAGAUGACCGCCCUUCGCUUAGAACUGUCGACCCUGUCCACGUCAUACAACUCCCUCCAGUCCACGCUCGCCCUUCUCCAGACCCAACUGCACGACCUCAAACGGGUGAACAAUGAACUACAGGAGGAGAACGAGUCGUACAACAUCCUCCUUCGUGAGAAGACUUUAAACGGACAGUUCGACGUGUUGCGCAUGGGCGGUGCUACCGCUACGGAACCCAGCGAUAGCUCUGAGGCUGGUGACGACGACGACAAUCGUGAUGCUGAGAGUCUGCUCAGCAGGAAUACCAGCAGCCGUAGCGUCCUCGAUCCGGUCGAUGAGCGCGACGAGCGUACGGAGCCCGAGCCUGACCUCGAUCCCGAGUUCCAGCAAGACGAAUUGGAGCGCGAACGCAAGGAUACAGAGUCUCCUGCCAGGGGCAACCCUCGCCGCGGCGGACGGAGGCGUACCACGUCUACCAACUCACGUUCCUCUCCUGUACCUCGCGGCGAGUCGCUUGCCAACCUCCCCAUUACUGGACCUGGCUUGGAUCUGGCUGCGGAACUUGGACGUGCGGAGAACAAGGACCUCGUGGAGGGUCGUGCCUCUCUGGACACCGAUCGUUCUGUCAUCAAUCCGAAGGGCAAGCGUGGCCGGAAGAACUCAGAACGCAAGGUCUCCUCCAAGUCCGAAGGUGCGGAGAUCACUGGAUCACCGGACGACAUCGAGGUGCUUCGGUCGGAAGUCAAGAACCUCAAGGACGCAAACAAGGCCCUGUCGCUCUACGCGUCAAAGAUCAUCGACCGCAUUAUCUCCCAGGAAGGGUUCGAGCACGUUUUGGCUGUGGACUACGACAAGUCUCCCCCUCCUCCGUCUGCCAAGUUUACGACCUUCGCCGAUGUCAUUCCCAAAUCCCCCAACCCCACGGUAGGUCAACAUCCGAAGAAGAGCCGCCCUCAAUCCGCCAUUUUCUCGUUCUCAUCUUCGUCAUCCACCGCCGCCUCCCCUCCACAGGAACGCCUCACCACGUUCGACGACAUUCGUGCCGCACAGGCUGUCGCCAAGUCCGCCGGGAACAGUCCCCCAGCGCCCGCAAUGUCCACGCGUGCUUCACGUCGGUCGUUAUCCUUUGACUGGAGUAGAUUUUCCCUAUUCGGUGGGGAGGCAGAGAAGAAGCCGGACCCUCACUUACGCCCUCUUACUCUCAAGGCGGGCACGAACUCGGUGGUGACCAACGCCAGAAAGCUUGAGACUACAGAGGACGAAGAGGACCGCCGGGAGCGCGAGCGACUGCACGCGACUAUGAAGCUUAUGGGCAUCGAGAAGCCCGAGUCGCCUGCGGUGCCCUCGCUGGGCAAGAGCUACUCUUCCCCCGCUGGCGAGCCCUCCUUGCGGACACCCAUCACGGCGAGUACGGUCACGCCCGGGUCGGCAGUACCCAUGACCCCCACCGCGUCCUCCAGGUUUUCAUUCUUCCGGCGAACGAACUCGGACGUGUCGAUGCACUCGUCCCCUGCCGGUGGGGCGACCCCCAAUCUCACGCAGGAGGCCCUUGAGCAGGCGGAGGCGGAGAGCACGAUUGCGGCUUUGGAGGCGCAUGAGCGUCAGCUCAGCGAGCAAAUCGCGAAGGGGUCUUCAGGCGGCUUCACGGAGAUCGUCCGCAGGAGCGGGGACCGUAGGAGCAGCCGGAGGAGUGGAAGUGGGAGCACGGUGUGGAGCGCCGGUAUGAGCAAGGGCGAGGGCGAGGAUGACUAGACGGGGGGAGAGAAGGGAAGCUGUAUUUCGGAUGCGACAUUAGUGUCUAAACGGGGAAUUCUGCUGUUGUCACGAUCGGGUGGAGGUGAGUUUGUUUAGAUUGCCGUGAACCCGGUUCGCAGCAUAGGCUUUGGAAGCUGCAAGCAUACCUGGUGCGCGUACUUUGACCUUGAACGCUCGGGUCCUGCUAUGCCGCACGAUCGUUACGAUAUUUUACGAUCACGACUUUACUUUUCUCGGAUUGUCUUCACUGGUGACGCCACUUGCAUAUUAUACCAUCAUUCGAUAUCGACCCAUGCGACACUAAGUUAUAUGCAUCUGACGCUUUCACGGCCUCAGUUAUGCAUUACUAUGCCAUUAGCUCAUAUUUUCCACAUCAUCCAUACCCUCGUAUGAUACAAUGCGACAACGUCAUUGCCUAGUGUAGAAAAAAUACAUACAUGCC